CUGGGUUCACCCGCCGGAAGCGGAAGUCGCGGUGACGCUGUUGGUGGCAGUAGGCGCUUGUCCGUGGUGCGCGAUUAGCGGCAGAGGUUUUCACGGAGAAACUGAGGCCGACGUUUAGCUGGACUCUGAAAUCCGAAGCUUCUUGUCUGAAGAAGGGAAAGCCACCCGCUACCUAAGCCCAGAGGAGCGCUUUGUGGGGCUGCAGGGCGGGAUCCACUCCCCCCACCCCGGGAGCGGGGCCGCGGCGGGGAUGGGCUCCAAGACCAAGAAGCGCGUGGUGCUGCCCACCCGCCCCGCGCCCCCAACGGUGGAGCAGAUCUUGGAAGACGUGCGGGGGGCGCCGGCCGAGGACCCCGUCUUCACCGCACUGGCCCCGGAAGAGCCUCCAGUCCCCCACAGGAACACCGAGGACCCUGAGGCCCAGUGGGAGCGGUUCUUCCUGCAGGGCCAGGCCUAUGUGGCCACCAAUGAGCGGUUGCGGCAGGCGAGGGACCAGCUGAGGCAGAGGUGCGAGGACCUGUGUCGAGCCAGUGAGGAGCUGGAGCGGGACGUUGGCCAGGUGACACAGGCUGCGCUGCCAGUGACCUCAACCACCUCAGACUGACUGGGACUGUGGGUGUGGGCUCUGAGUGGUUCUGUCCCCUCCUCUGCCCACAAGAGCUCUGAUCUUAGCCAGGCUCUGAUGCAGCUCUGCCUCCUCCUCUCCCAGCCCUGGCUCAGGGUGAAAAACACCUGGCCUCAGGUGUGCACACCCAUCUGUCCACCUGAGUCCUGGGUCUGGCUGGACUGUUGACUCUAUGACUCAGGACAGCCUGAAUCUCUGGCCCUUCUACCUGUUUGGACCCUGCCAUGGGCCAGGCCAGUCGUCACCACAGCACUGGGCUGCUGCGGUCACCAUCCCCACUGGCUUCAAGAGAGACACCCCCCCCCCAGCCAUCUGCACAGAGCUUGCUGUCACCUUGGUUAAGGGACAAGCUGGGGUCUUCAGGCCAUGCUGCUGCCCUCACAGUUCUGGCCCCACCUUUUCCAUGGGCAGUUUGGGGCUGGCCGGAGCAUCUUGAAAAGGGCUUUUGCUUAAACAAAUCAUAUCGAGUCCCCGGGUGUCAGGAGGACGGAUGUCAGGCCCACAGGGUGGUAUGAGCCUGGCCCGGUUCUGCCAGGAGCAGGGACGGGGAGAACCCCAAGCCCUGCUUGGCUGCUGUCCUUUCCUGUCCAGACUCAGCUCCUGGGAGACCAGGCUUUGUUUCUGGAAUAUCAAAGAUAUUUCUCAGCAGGUGUAAUGGCACACACCUGUCUUAAGACCCUGUCUCAA